GCCGCCUCCGCCCGCCCCCAGCGAAGAGAAACAAAACACAACCCCGGCACCGCCACGCUCUCCCUGCUUCUCCUCUCGGCUUUUGGUGGUUGUUUUUUGGGGUGUUUUUUUAAAUUUUUUUUUUCUUUUAAUUUUUUUUUUCUUGGGGAUUCUCCUCUCUCCUGCCAGACUGACUUACACGUUCUUGAUAAUUUCUCUUCCCCUCAUUUUUUUUUACUCUUCUCCCUGCUUCCAAACCCUGUGUCUGUGUGUUUCAAUACUAUCACAACCUCUGCUAAAAAUAGAUCUUUUUAUACCCUUCCUCCUCUCUGACCCCAUCCAACACCCCUUGUUAAGGUAACUAUCUUACACCCGGAGCAAGAAAAGUAAAUUCCCUUGGCUGUCCCAUAUCUCUAAGGAACCUGAUGCAUGAGUGGACUAGAGAAGAGACAGAGAGAAAAACUCCCAAGACCUACAGAUCAUCUGGCUGGCAGGGUCAAGUUUUCUCUGGAUUGAGGUGGAACUGUGGCUUAUGGACAUCUGAUGUGAUAAAGCAUACUCAACACUUUUAGAUAUCUUGGGACUGCAAAAGCUGACGAUCGACAGCAGGUUUUUAAAUAUCACUGCUCUUCUGACAAGUUGAUUAAGUGAAUAGAAGAAAAAAAUAAAAAAAAACGAAGCUACUUUCAAGUAUUGAAGAUACAAGGCCAGGAUGAACACGAAGGACGGAAAAGUGUCCGAAGGAGGUCUCAAUGUCACUCUUACCAUACGCCUUCUCAUGCAUGGCAAGGAGGUUGGAAGCAUUAUCGGAAAGAAAGGUGAGACAGUGAAGAAGAUGAGGGAGGAGAGUGGUGCUCGAAUCAAUAUUUCAGAAGGCACUUGUCCAGAGAGAAUUGUGACAAUAACAGGCCCAACAGAUGCAAUUUUUAAAGCUUUUUCUAUGAUUGCACUAAAAUUUGAAGAGGACAUCAACGCUUCGAUGACAAACAGCUCGGUGACAAGCAAACCGCCCGUAACACUGCGGCUCGUCGUCCCCGCAAGUCAGUGUGGAUCCCUCAUAGGAAAAGGAGGUUCCAAAAUCAAGGAAAUCAGGGAGUCCACAGGAGCCCAGGUGCAGGUGGCAGGGGACAUGCUGCCCAACUCGACGGAGCGCGCCGUGACCAUAUCCGGCACUCCCGACGCCAUCAUCCAGUGCGUCAAGCAGAUCUGCGUGGUGAUGCUGGAGUCCCCACCCAAAGGUGCCACCAUCCCCUACCGUCCCAAACCUGCCUCUGCACCUAUCAUUUUUGCAGGUGGCCAGGUAAGAGCAGACACCAUUUUGGCUUCAGCUGGAAACCACACCGUCCUGGCCCAGCCUCAGCCAGCGCCUGCGUUCACGAUUCAGGGGCAGUAUGCCAUCCCUCAUCCAGACGUGAGUCCAGCACAUUUGACCAAGCUUCACCAGUUGGCUAUGCAGCAUCCCCCCUUUACUCCCCUUGGGCAGACCACCCCUGGUUUCCCUGGACUGGAUGCCACUACUCCAACCAGUUCCCAUGAACUUACAAUUCCCAAUGAUUUAAUAGGCUGCAUUAUUGGCAGACAAGGCAGUAAGAUAAAUGAAAUCAGGCAGAUGUCAGGAGCGCAGAUCAAGAUUGCUAAUGCCACAGAAGGCUCCGCAGAACGACAAGUUACAAUCACAGGAUCCCCUGCAAACAUCAGCUUAGCACAGUACCUCAUUAAUGCAAGGGAUUCCCCACACAUCGAGACGAGAAUAGACCCCUUCAUUUUUAGUUGCACAAACACCAUAUGGCAUGCAUCUGGAUCUCGGAAGAUAACAAUUUAGGAUCUUGAAGACAGCUAAAGCAUGCAAAUAAAAUAAUGUACUUAUUAAUGGAGUUGCAGUGAGCUGCUCACCAGAGACAGAAACUCUAGUGAACAAAACUGUUUGACUCAUUUUAGAAAAAUCUGUGAACUCUCACACUUCUGUUGAUCACUGUUUAAUGGUUCUUGUGGUGGAAUGGGAUCUAUAUGAGGUCUUUAACAUACUUUCGUAAAGAAGAAAACUCCUCAGCAGUCACAUACCACGGAUCUCUAUCUAUACCCGGUGAAACCAGAAACAAAGUAUUCUGCUCCUGUUAAAUUUCUAGAUAGAAGUCAUAUGUUACCAUCAUCUACAAUAAACCAUCAUAUAUUACUAUGUACCAUGUGUUGGAACUGUAUUUAGAUGAAGUGACUUCAUUUGUAAAUGAAGACUCCUAAAGUAAUGUGUACUAAAUUAAGCUGUAAGGUAACAUAGGCAAUUAAGGUGGCUUUUUCAUUUUAAAAAGUGACACUGUUCCAGACCUGUCCUUUCACAUGAGACAUUGCUGUCCAGCCGGGUGCCACCACAGCAGCAGUGUGAGUUCAGUCGCACUGGAGGAGGGCUGAGCAGCUGAGAGGCAGGCGGGAGCUUUGCUCUAGUGAGGUUUAGGGGCUGGGGCAGGACAGAGGUGCAGAGCCAGGCUGCUGCUGCUGCUGCUGCUGCCUCUGUGUGCUGGGAGCCACCUCCUAAACCUGCCACAGGUGAUCCUGUCUCUUUUAAAGACAGUGGCAUAAAACAGCUUUGGGAAGAGAUGAAUACAGCACCCAGACUGCCCAAAGCGUGGUCUGCUAUGUGAAAAUAAUAAUUACAAGAAAUAACAGCUAUAUAAGCAUUCAGCAUAAGGUAGAUCUUUUCUCCCCUGCAAGAUCUAUUGUUUGUGGGAAUUAGUUUCCAGGGCCAGUAUUUCUGCAUAAACCCAUGUCUUUCAGCAACAUAAGAUGUAAAAAACCAAAAUUAUCUAUCCACAGUAUUCCUGAAACAUAUUGUGUGUAUCUAUCUAUGGAGCUAUCCUCCAACCAAAGUUGCUGUCUAUAGAAUAAUUUAUCAGCUUGCUUUAAGACUUUUAUUGCAAUCUGGUGUUGGAUAUGUACAUAGUAUAUUCUAAAUUAUAGAUAUAUAAAUAUAUUGAAAUCUUAUCAAGACAGAGAUUUAAAUCUUAUAAAGUAUUGGUUUGAUUCUGUAUUGCUUACCCGAGCGCUGGCCUCUGUAUGAAUAGAGCGUGUCUUAGCUUGUUUGCAGUUGAAAUGUCUUUUUUUCUGUAAAGCCUUCUGUCUCUUUAACUGGUCUCCACUGUAGUAACAAGAUUUUCAUUACCCAAUUCCAUCUUCUUGCUUUUAUUAAGAUUGAACUGCAGUUUAGUUUUUCUGUGUACUAUCUGGCUUUGGAUUAUAAAUGAAUUUAGCCAGCAGCACUUGCUCCUUGUUGAAGGGCAGUUUCCUGAAGGUAUUUUUUUUAAGAGAAGUUCAUUCACAGACCCAACAGGACUGCCAAAGCCACACCUGCUCUCUUCUCUUCACCAGUUUCAGGUAAUGCAGGAUGUGGCCUUCAGUGUAUAUAUUUAGAAGGUGCAGGCCUGCAGAGGGACAGUGUAAAAUUGUCACUGUGAAAUUCUCCAUGAAGGCCGCCUCACCCCCCUCAUCCCCUUUCAUAUGCAACGUUGUUGCAUCCACAGUUGGUUUGGGAAAUUGCCGCUGGUAUGGGAGAGAUGAUAGCUAACCUGAUGAACUCCCACCUUGUGAGUUGUCACAAGUAAUAGAUGGGAAAGAGGGCAAAUUACUGCUACAGUAAUACCUAUGAGAUUAAGCCAGAGACAGGGAGUUGGAAUGGCUGCUACCAACACCAGCUUUUUGGCCUGUGGGAUCUGUUCUCCCUGCUAGUGCAGGAAAAAGCU